CAGCCGCCCCCGCCGCCCCCGUCCCCGCCGCCGCCCCCUCUCCCCGGCCCGGUGCCUGCUGCUGCGGCGGGCGGCAAUGAGCAGGUCCGCGGCGCUGCUGCUGCUGCUCUGCCUGCUGGGCUGCAACGUGUGGAAAGCGGUGACCAAGACCUUGCGGGAGCCCCGGGCUCAAGAAGUGACACUGAAGGUCCACAUCAGCGACGCCAGCACCCAUCAGCCAGUCAACGAAGCCUUCAUCGAGAUAUUUACCAACCAGGUCUCCAUCGCCUCUGGAACAUCAGGAGCGGACGGCACAGCUUUUAUCAAGUUUCAGUAUCAGUUGGGCAGUCAGCUGAUUGUCACAGCCAGUAAGCCUGCAUAUGUACCAAAUUCUGCACCAUGGAAACCCAUACGCUUACCCGUGUUUUCUUCUCUAAGCCUCGGCCUGCUCCCUGAACGAUCCGCUACUCUAAUGGUUUAUGAAGAUGUCGUCCAGAUAGUCUCAGGAUUUCAAGGUGCUCGGCCACAGCCACGGGUUCAUUUCCAGAGACGAGCCCUGAAGCUGCCAGAGAACACGAGCUACAGUGACCUGACUCCCUUUCUCACAGCUUCCAGCGCCCCGGCAGAAGUGGACAGUUUCCCGUAUUUACGAGGAUUAGAUGGGAAUGGAACAGGGAACGGCACCAAGUAUGACCUGACUCCUGUCACUGCGGUCAGCGUUCAUCUGCUUAGCAGUGAUGGAACCCCAGUUGUGGUGGAUGGACCCAUUUAUGUCACGGUUCCUCUGUCUCCGCAAAGCAAUCUGAGGCACAAUGCCCAUGUUACCGCAUGGCGAUUUGACCAAAAACUUGGAACGUGGCUGAAAAGUGGCUUAGGCCUCGUACAGCAGGAAGGGAAUCAGCUGACGUGGACCUACAUUGCCCCACAACUGGGGUACUGGGUCGCAGCCAUGUCUCCUCCCAACCCAGGGCCUGUUGUAAGCCAAGAUAUAACUACGUAUCACACGGUAUUUCUUUUGGCCAUUUUAGGAGGAAUGGCUUUCAUACUUUUGAUUUUGCUGUGUCUUCUUUUAUAUUAUUGCAGGAGGAAAUGUUUAAAACCUCGUCAGCACCAUAGAAAACUUCAGCUUUCUACAGCCCUAGACAGUUCCAAAAAAGAUCAGUCAACAUCCAUGUCCCACAUAAAUUUACUGUUUUCCCGGCGAGAAUCGGAAUUUCCCGGUACCCUGGCGGUUGCCAGCCACGGGCGCCCAGAUCCAUCAGGUGCAAAGGAACUGAUGGGUGGUGUUCACAUGGAGAUGAUGUCUUCUAGUGGUGAAGCAGAUUUGCACACCCCAAUGCUCAAACUUUCAUAUAGCACCUCACAAGAAUUUAGCUCUCGAGAGGAACUUCUUUCCCACAAAGAAGAGGAUAAAAGCCGAAUAUCCUUUGAUAAUCUGACACCGAGUGGGACUUUAGGAAAGGACUACCAUAAAUCUGUGGAGGUUUUUCCUUUAAAAUCAAGAAAAUCUGUAGAAAGAGAAGGCUAUGAAUCCCCUCUCAAGGAUGAUUACCGGAGGAGUUAUAAUGCUAUGCUGUCCCAGCCUUUGUUUGAAAAGCAAGAUAGAGAAAUCCAAGCCUCCAUUAAUCACAUUUCUGCAGGAAGCAAACUCACUAUUCAGGAACAAAUGUACCCCACAUCUUCAUCCCCUGAAAAAGAGCAACUACUGGACCGCCGGCCAACGGAAUGUAUGAUGUCCCGCUCGGUGGAUCACCUCGAAAGACCGACCUCUUUUCCUCGGCCAGGCCAGUUGAUUUGCUGCAGUUCUGUUGACCAGGUCAAUGAUAGCGUUUAUAGGAAAGUCUUGCCUGCCUUGGUCAUCCCCGCUCAUUAUAUGAAAUUGCCAGGGGACCAUUCCUAUGUGAGCCAGCCACUGGUUGUCCCAGCAGAUCAACAGCUUGAAAUAGAAAGACUUCAGGCAGAGUUUUCCAACCCUCAUGCCCAGCUCUUCCCACAUCCCUCCACCCAGAUGCAAUCCCAGCAGCUAUCUUCACAAGCAAUAUCACAACAGCACUUACAAGAUACAGGCUCCCGUGAAUGGAGCCCACAGAAUGCUUCCAUGUCAGAAUCUCUGUCCAUCCCUGCCUCCCUAAAUGAUGCAGCUUUGGCUCAAAUGAAUAGCGAGGUACAGCUUUUAACUGAGAAGGCUCUCAUGGAACUAGGGGGUGGGAAGCCACUUCCCCAUCCUCGGGCAUGGUUUGUGUCUCUGGAUGGAAGGUCCAAUGCUCACGUUAGACAUUCAUACAUUGAUCUCCAAAGAGCUGGAAGGAACGGGAGUAACGAUGCCAGUUUAGAUUCUGGCGUUGAUAUGAACGAACCAAAAUCUGCCCGAAAGGGGAGAGGAGACCACUUAUCCCUGCAGCAGGGGCACCCACCUGUGCAGGAGCAUCAGCAAAGAGAACAGAGUGUCCCAGACAGUACAGCCUACACACAGCUAGUGUACCUGGAUGAAAUGGACCAAAGCGGCAGUGAGUGCGGAACCACAGUGUGUACCCCCGAGGACAGUGCCCUGCGCUGCCUGUUGGACGGGGCUGGUCGGAGGAGUGCUGCCCAGCUGCCCAGCCUGCAGGAGGAAACGAUAAAGCGAACUGUGGAAGCCCCACCUGAGCCAUUAGCCAGUCCCGAACGUGGAAGAUCUGCCCAUGAGGAAGAUGAAGAUGACGAUGACGAUGAAGAUGACCAGGGAGAAGACAAGAAAAGCCCAUGGCAAAAGCGAGAAGAAAGACCACUGAUGGCUUUUAACAUAAAGUGAGCUGUUGUAGAUCCACCUUUCUGUGGAGUAUAAAAUUGCCAAAUAUUCUUUCUAUGGAAGCGCUUACUUGUUUGUGGAAAAGACAAAAACAAAAAACAUAAUGGCAGAUAUGGACAGUAGACUUGGGUUGCAUUACUGUUUGCUGUGUAAAUGUUAGAAAGGAAUUAAAGUUAUUACUCAGAAAAAAAACUGAUUUUAAUGGAUGUCUCCAGUGAGAUGGCUGAAAGUAGGUUUUGAAUGUUAUCCCACAUACUUGAUACUUAUGUUCAUCACCAAGGACAUUGAGGGGAAAACAAGCAUAUUAUUCGAUAUAAUGACCUCACUUCUCUCUCAGAAUAUGGGAAUAGUUGGGAUUUUUUUUUUUUUACAUUUCUUGAAUCAAUUUUAUCAUGAUAAUGCUACUGUAAAGCAUUUAUUACAAAUUCUUUUUUGGCACUUAGUGUCCGAGGUAUGCGUUAUCUCCAAGGAAGGCUAUGCAUUGCUGCUGUUUAGUAAAAUUUUGCUUAUAUUAUGCUUUGGUGUUUGUUUUUUAUGUUUAUUGGGUUUUUUUAAUACAACUUGGUUGUAAACAUUUUAUGCCUUUGUUUUAACAUGUUUAGUUUUUAAGUGAUUGAGUUUAAUGUCUCCCUUCAGGAACUCUUGUGAGUUGCAUCUCUAAAUAUUAAAGCCUUUUUAUGAAACCAAACUGAAUUUGGUGUCAGCUAAGAGUCCUUCUAUUCUGGUCCCAUGAAUUCCAAGUGCCUUUUUUACAGUGACAAUAGACGGCCCCCUUUUUUGCUAACUUCUUUAAUUGUACUGUCUGGAUUUUUAUAAAUUGAUGAAAUUAUAUGCUCUUUUUUUUCCCUUUAAACUGCAUGCUGCCAAGUGGCCAUUUGUGCUAAGCAUCUCUCAUUUCAGUACAGUGUAUUCUCUAGUUAUCACGUGUAAUGUGGAUUCUGUUUAGCUAAGAUAGUCUAUAGGACAUUUUAAAGACACCUUUUCCUAUCUUUCCCUUUGGCUGGAUGGCCAAGAUUAUGGUUUCAUUGACUUUGUAUAGAUGGUUACUUAACUCUGGAAUCCUGUGGGCUGAGCUUGCUUAACAUAAGUAUGGACUGAGCAAGUGGACUGAAUGUGUUUAAAAGUAUAUAUUAAAAAAAAAAAAAAAAAGAAAACCGUAUGUACUUAUUCUCCAAAAGUGCCAGAAUGACUCUUCUGUGCAUUCUCUUUAAAGAGCUGCUUGGUUAUCCAAAAAUGAUCAUUCGAAAAUAAACUCUGGAAAAAAAAAAAACAA